GCAAACCAAUUGCAACAGCUCUAAACACAGAAGUUGCAAGAAAAUGGUUUUGGAUAUGAUGGAGCCAAACACUUGUAUCAGGGGUUGUUGCCACAGCCAAUCAAUCCCUCUCCAUCUCCGCCCUUCUUCCUAUUCCCUUCUUUCCCCCAUCGCCAGAGGUGCAGAGAGCGUGGUGUAUGAAGCCGUACUCGACGGUAAAAGAGUGGCGGCUAAGAAGCCAAUUCUAUCUACUUCCGAUGAUCUCGAUAAGUUCCACAAAGAGCUGCAAUUGCUUAGCAAGUUGGAUCAUCCGGGAAUAAUGAAGCUGGUCGCAGCGCAUGCUAGGCCGCCAAACUACAUGUUUUUCUUUGAAUUAUACGAGGCGGGAGCCCUCUCGCUGAAACUGCACGUGGAAGAAUAUAGUCUGAGCAUAGGCCAAGCUAUGGAAAUCACUACACUGUUAGCAAACGCUCUGAUGUAUCUGCAUAGCCUUGGGAUUGUACAUAGGGAUGUCAAACCAGCAAAUAUUCUACUCAAUGAGAAUCUUCAACCACAUCUAGCAGACUUUGGUUUGGCAGAAUACAUGAAAGAUCUUGAACAAGUCUCCAUAAAGAACUGGAAAUCUUCUGGAAAACCAACUGGUGGUUUCCAUAAAAAGAAUAUGGUUGGCACACUUAUAUACAUGGCGCCUGAAGUACUGAGGAAAGAGGUUCAGACUGAAAAAUCAGAUGUCUAUAGUUUUGGCGUGACGGUUAAUGAGCUACUAACUGGUGUUGUUCCAUAUACUGAUCUUCGAGCAGAGGCACAGGCCCAUACAGUCUUGGAAAUGAAUUACACAGAACAGCAACUCACGGCAGCUGUGGUGUCUGAAGGAUUGCGACCAGUUCUAGCUGGUCCACAGUCCGGCGCAUCACCCACUUUGCUCUCUUUAAUAAAAAGAUGUUGGGAUGCAGAUCCUCAAAACAGACCUUCUUUCAGUGAUAUAGUUUUGGAACUCGAUGUGAUGUCGAGAAGUGAACAUAGAACAGAUGAAAAGGCUGAUACUUCUGCAAGAUCUGUUACACCACGUGACCAUGUGGAUACAACUAAUAGUCUGAGCUAUCAAGAGGCCCUGAAUUGGUUUUCCCAGGGACAGGAUAUUGAAAAAAGCAGUUAUGUUCCUUCUGAGAGUGUCGCCGCUUGGCUCUCUACUGAUGAUGUUACAGUUUAUUGCCCAGUGCUAUCUUGGGGUUCCUUUUCUACUUGUGGGAGAAGGGAAACCAUGGAAGACACUCACUUUAUAUUGCCUCGUUUUUGCAACGAAAACAGUAUUCAUUUCUUUGGAAUCUUCGAUGGUCAUCGAGGUGGGGCGGCUGCUGAAUUUUCAGCUGGGGCUCUUCCUGCAUAUUUGAAAACUCUGAUUCCGAUGAGCAGUCCAUCUCAAGCCCUACUUGAAGCAUUCGUUAAGACUGAUGUUGCCUUUAGGAAUGAACUAAAUUAUCGUCGAAAAUCCAAGGGACUCAUUCAGAAGGACUCACACCCUGGCUGUACUGCAAUAACCGCUCUGAUAGUUAAAGACAAGCUAUUUGUUGCAAAUGCUGGCGACUGCAGAACAAUUAUAUGCCGAGCAGGAAAGCCUUACCCUUUAAGCAGGGAUCAUGUGGCGAGCUGUCUUGAGGAGAGAGAGCGUGUCAUAGGUGCAGGUGGCCAAGUCAAAUGGCAAGUCGAUACGUGGAGGAUUGGCCCUGCUGCUCUGCAGGUUACAAGAUCUAUCGGUGACGAUGAUCUAAAGCCAUUUGUGACUGCUGAACCCGAGAUAACUGAAACACUUCUAUCAGCUGAAGAUGAAUACAUAGUAAUGGCAAGCGAUGGAUUGUGGGACGUGGUGAGCAACGCAGACGUUGUUAGCAUAAUCAAGGACACGGUGAAAGAGGGCGGGAUGUGUGCAAAGAGGCUGGCCACUGAAGCUGCUGAACGAGGUAGCAAAGAUAACAUCACAGUUAUUCUGGUGUUCCUGCGUCCAGUUUCUACCGCAGAGAGGAUUUUCUAGCUUCCAACUUUCAACUACUCUAUUUAUUCCGAUAUAUUUUAUUUAAUUCAUUAUUGAUAUGAUUCAUGUAUUAUUAGAUGCUUUUUGUGGGUAAUAAAUCAAACAUCUUUUUAUA